CAGAUGCUAAGGAUGCUUCUGCUGCUCCUGCUCCCCCUGGCCAUUCUCUGGCCCCCUGGGGCUACUGCUGAGACACAGGAUGGAUCGGACGGGGGGGUCCUGAUCCCAGAGGACUUUGUGCCGCCAGCCGCCCACUCUGACUCUGGCCACAUUGUCCCCUUGCUCAGCGCCUGCAAGGCCAAUCGACGGGACCGGAGCCGCCCACAGAUCCAAGUGCGUCCGAAGAGUCACCAUCAGGUCCAUCCAGUGACAGACACAGCGAUGGCCCUGAGGGAACCCCGCCCUGCGCUCCUGCUGCCCCACAUCCUGCUGUCUGGUUCCUUGGGCCUGAUUGGGGAACGUAACGAGUAUGAGCAGUUCAAGAGGAAGCACGUUGAUUUCCCUAAGACCAGUAACACCCAAAACGAGACCUAUUGCAACUACAUGAUGAAGAAACGCAACAUGACCAACAAUACCUACUGCAAACCCUUCAACACCUUCAUCCACGACACUGAACAAGCCAUCAAAGCCAUCUGCAAAAAGAAAGGGAUACUCGACAAAGACAACAUCUACAAGAGUAAUACAGCCUUCAGUCUCACCGUAUGUAAGCUGGACUCUCAAAAUGUCCAGUCCGGUCCUGUCCAGUCCUGUACAUAUGAGGGAAAAGAAAAGACUUCCAAGAUCCGCGUGGCUUGUAACAAUAACCACCUGCCCGUGCACUUCGAAAACACGACACCAGCAGCACCCAUGUCUCUAGAGAAGAUCCAAACCCAAAUGGGUCGCACCUCGACUGGGCUGCCCCGCACCCACAUGGAGUGCAAGCAGGGAGCAGCUCUGAAACCUCAGCUGGGGCCAGAGAGCUGAGCACAAGGGGGGACAAACAACAGAAUCAAACCUGUAUGGCCCCCGCCAGCGCAAGCAACCUGCCCCAAUGGGGAACCCCCCUGCUACCUGUAGCGCCCAUUAUACAGUAUAGCCGCCCCUCACCCUCCCCCACCCUCUGCUGCCCCUA